AAAAACAAAGCUGCGUGUUGUUGUAGCAGACUUCACAGCAGCUUUCCACUUUUAUCCCCGUUAGUCUAAUCCGCGAGAGAUUUUAUUGAACUCAAGGGGAGUUGGGAGGGAAGGAACUGCCUUUCAACGGCAAUCCAACUAAGACUGUAGGUAAAAUCCUUCAGAAGAGUAGCGAAUACACUGGAAACGGUCCAAAGACGUGGUGAAUUAUUACAUGGGAACAAAUAAAAAAAGCACGGAGCGCAGAUUUUCCAGCAGAGAUCAACGGCGCUGGAAUAUAAACAUGGAUGACGGCCAGCAGCGAUGCCUUUAAACAAUUAAGGCCGAAUUGCUUCUCAUUUGUUUUCCUUUGUGCACGGCGAAUGGUUUUAAAUGUGCGUUUAUGUUAUUGAAAACACAAAAGUAAAGAACGUCAUACAGAUUUGAACAACAUUAGACUUUUGAGACGUGACGUGCCAUUGUCUGAUCAUUUUGGGGAGGAAGUUGUCGGGAUGGCUCCUGGUUCACUAGCCACAAUGGCUCCUACUGGCCCCAACAUCUCCUGGUUACCAGAAGCUCCUCUGCUCACUCCAGAGAAGCCCAUUUUUCUCAUGACAACCACAGCCCAGGCAGUGUCAGGCUUCUUUGUGUGGACAGCACUUCUGCUCACCUGCCACCAGAUCUACAUGCAUUUGCGUUACUACAGCUCUCCCAAGGAGCAGAGGCACAUAGUGCGCAUCCUUUUCAUCGUACCCAUCUAUGCCUUUGACUCCUGGCUCAGCCUUCUCUUCUUUACCAACGACCAGUACUAUGUGUACUUCGACACAGUCAGGGAUUGCUAUGAGGCAUUUGUGAUUUAUAACUUCUUGAGCCUGUGUUAUGAAUAUCUUGGAGGAGAGAGCGCUAUCAUGGCUGAGAUCAGAGGAAAACCCAUUGAGUCCAGCUGUAUUUAUGGAACAUGUUGUCUUUGGGGCAAGACCUACUCCAUUGGCUUCCUUCGAUUUUGCAAACAGGCCACUUUACAGUUCUGUGUGGUAAAACCCCUGAUGGCCAUGAUUACAGUCAUCCUGCAGGCCUUUGGGAAAUACCGUGAUGGGGACUUCAAUGUUGCUAGUGGUUACUUGUAUGUGACCAUCAUCUACAAUAUCUCCGUCAGCCUGUCUCUCUACGCCCUUUUCUUGUUCUACUUCUCCACCCGAGACCUCCUCAGUCCCUACAGGCCCAUGCUCAAGUUCUUCAUGGUCAAAUCAGUCAUCUUCCUCUCCUUCUGGCAAGGCAUGCUGCUGGCCAUCUUGGAGAAAUGUGGUGCGAUUCCUCAGAUCAGCUCUCCUGAGGUUUCUGUCGGCGAGGGAACCGUUGCAGCUGGAUACCAGAACUUCAUCAUUUGCAUCGAGAUGUUCUUUGCCGCCUUGGCCCUGCGACAUGCGUUUACCUACAAGGUCUACAUGGACAAAAGACUGGAUUCCCUUGGCCCUGUUCCAACAUAUGGACAGUACGGUCGCUGUGCCCCUAUGAAAAGCAUCUCCAGCAGCUUAAAGGAGACCAUGAACCCUGGAGACAUGGUUCAGGAUGCCAUCCACAAUUUCUCCCCAGCCUACCAACAGUACACCCAGCAGUCCACCCUGGAGCAGGGGGUCACCGCACCGCCCAUAUCCCGCAAUCACAGCUGCGUGAGCGGCCGGGACAAUGAGAAAACCCUGCUGCUUAGCUCCGAUGAUGAGUUUUAAGGUACUCCAUAAGGGACCGUUUACUGCUGCGGUAGUGUAAUGAUGAGGUUAACGUAGGAACAGGUUAUUAAAGGACCAUCUUAAGCAAGUAGUUACGUUCUAGCGCAGUAGAAUCUGAAAUUAAGCUGCUUAUACUUGCAUAGUUGUUUUGAAAAGAAAUCCUGAUGCGCUUUUGUCUGAUGUUGAUGUUUAUACAGAGAAUUAAAAAAUACAUUCAUUUAUACUUUAUUAGCCAAAUUUGGAAAACCCACGUGGUCUGACACUUCAGCGUUUGGAUUGAUGUAUUUUUUUAUGCUUGUAGUUUCAAAUAGGGGGAUUUUGGACAUCCCAGCAUAUUUGUAUUGGAGGCUCCCCGUUUGGUGGGAAUGUUCCGUUUUUGAUUUACAAGUUCAAGUGCACCUUUGCUUCUGUUUCAACAGUGUUUAUAGCUUCCCCAGUGAUUUAAAGGGCGGGUACGACUGUGAAUGAGAGAGCGCAGUGACGGUAGAGAGAGUACCAGCUGUUGUUGUUUUGACGGAUGAAUCAAGGGACGGGGAGCGGUUGAUGUUCCACGAUAAGAUUACAGAUUAAGGCGGUCUGGAUUAUAACUAAGGCUGUAAUUGGAACAUUACUCGCCUGGUGCAUAUUUGCACAAAUAAUAGUGUGACCGUCCUGGACCACUGCAGGAGAAAGCAUCUAUCUGGGUUAACCAAGUGGUUUAAAAAUAGAUUUAGGUUACGCUUCUUAGUGUAUGCUAGAAUUUCACUGAGAAAGAACAGUAAAGUACCAUCAGUUUAUUCUGUUAUCCGAUGGAAAUGCGAAAUGUAUAUAAUUUUAAAAUUUAAAGGGACAGAUCACCCAAAAAUGACAAUUGUCAUCAUUUAUUCACCUUCAUGUCAUUCUUAAACUAAACGCAGACACACAAGUUAACAUCAACAUUAAACUUUUCAAUUUAUGGACUAAAAGAAACACUUCAGAAUACCUUCUUUAGUUUUGUACUGAAAGUAAAUUAUACAUGAGGGUGAGUAAAUGACAAAAUGUUCAGUUUUGGUGAGCUAUCCUUUUAUUAGGUACUGUAUUGUUUCUAGAUAUCCCACUAGAGGGAGGAAUAUCUCUCUGUUUGCACCCUUUAUCGUUAUGGGACACGCCUGUUAUCACUGAUCCUUUGAGAGCCACACCAAAGUCUCUCCCAUUCUUCAGAAGCAUCCGCCAUUUACCUCUUUAGCUAGCACUAGGCCCUCGAUGACCAAGCUUGAAGCUUAGAUAGCAUCUUAGGAGUUACUUAUUAACUGUCCUAUGCUUUUAGUGGUACAAUAGAGGCCAGUAUAAAAACAAAGCAGCUGGAACCAAGUACGAGUGUGUAUGGUACCUGCUUAUAGUUAUGUUAGUGUUUUUGCAGUGUAUUCUUUAUAAGGGGAGGAUUUCUUUUAAUAAUAUAGACAUUGUUGUAACUUGCACUAAGCAGUUUUGUAUAUUUAGGAAAAAUCUGAAUAUCCUAGAACAUUUUGGCAAGCUAUUUCUGUACGUUGUUAUUCAGAGCUUGGUUUAAAGUAACAUAGGAAGCGCUGUUAUGUUUAAAAAAAAUAUAUAUAUAUAUAUAUUUUGUGGAAACAUAUUUUGAAGUUACACUAAGACGUUCUUUGUACUGUCAUGUUAUUUUAAACAGAGCAUUAUGUAUUACUAUGUCAAAGAUUUUGCUUCUGUUUUUUCCCUUGAUGCUCUGGGCUAGGAACAAUAAAAAAUUUUUGUCUGUA